UGACAAUGGUCCGCCAUAUUGUUUUAAUAGUCAAAGGACAUUGGAUUGGACAAGACAUGUAAAUAGUGAUUGGUUAUUUGAGGCGGUUGAUUUAGCUUUAAAUACAACUCAAAGACCACUCAAAAAUCAACUAAAAUGUCCGUAUAUUACAUAAAUUCUUCAGAGACCACCGAAGACAAAACAGAAGCACAAUGUGUAGAAGACCAAGUCCAAACGCAAAGCGAAGCGCAGAACGUCUUAAACCAAUUCUGGCCCAAAGCCCUUGAAGACAUCCGGGCAAUCCGAAACAUGGACCUCAAACAGCAAGUCCUUCCCCUCGCCCGAAUAAAAAAAAUCAUGAAACUCGAUGAAGACGUGAAAAUGAUUUCCGCCGAAGCUCCCUUACUUUUCGCCAAAGCCGCUGAAAUCUUCAUUCAGGAACUGACGUUGCGAGCGUGGAUACACACCGAGGACAACAAGCGCCGGACGCUCCAGCGCAACGACAUCGCCAUGGCUAUCUCCAAAUACGACCAGUUCGAUUUUCUGAUUGACAUAGUGCCUCGAGACGACAUGAAGCCAACUAAACCUAGAGAUGAAGCGAACAGGACGUCGAGCUCUGAUCAGGUGUACUAUUUCCAGCUGGCGCAGCAACACCACGCGAACUUGCAGCAGAACACGGCCACGGCGGCGGCGACGUCGCCGACCACCGUGGCACAGACACAGGGGGCGAUUCAGAUUGUGCAGCCGCAGCAGGUGCAAACGGUACAGGUGAACACGAUAGACCAGAAUGCGGCUAGUUCGUCGCCCCCGAAUACGUCGGCGGCGCAGACGCCGGUGCUGAUACAAACGGGACAGGCGAUAGCCCAGAAUCAGCCAGGGAAUGUGCAAAUCGUGCAGCAGAUUGUUACGCCGAAUGGGGAGAUACAGCAGAUUCCGAUCAAUUUGACGCCGCAGCAGUUGCAGAUGAUUAAGAUGCAGUUGCAAGGGAACACUUCACAGCCGGUGAUUAUUCAGACGGCGCCGCAUUUGAUACAGGUGCCGCAACAGAGCUCGGCCCCGCAGCAGGUCUUCUUGACACAAAGCAACGGAAACACGGAGAGUGAAUGAAUACGUUGUACGUUUUUUAAUAAAAUAAGCCAAACGA